AUGCCUAGGCCCCCACGAGCAUUCUGGGUGUUUGCCGUGUUGACCGUGGUCUCGCUCCUGCAAUGCCAGGCCGUGCGCUCCAGGGAGGAAGAUCCCGAUGUAAAGGCGCGACGUGCAGCCGCGGCCAACGCCCGGGUUGAGCGUGCUCAGGCACGGAGACGGGACCCAAACUUUUCCAAUGUCACAGCCUCCGUCUUCGACUGGCAAGCUCGAUUCCUGGCGAACCAGGGAGACAACACCACCGCCCUGACACCCGUCAAGAACAAGACCGGCACCUGGUGGAAGGGCCUUUUCUCCCGAGAUAGCGCCGAUCGGGGGACCACGGCCAUCGUGAACGGGGAGUGCGAGCUGACCAAGAAAUACCAGCCCGCCAAGGACUACCUUGUGAUCGUCGCGGUGGGAGACACAGGCAACCCCCUCACGUGGCUCAACCAUGCCAAGUGGGCCAACUUCGACCUGGUGGCGGUUUACUUUGGCGACAACGCAUACUUUGACUGCCCCCAGUGCAAAAAGGUGUCCAUGAUUGGGCGAAUGGUGUACCAUGGCAAGGCCCAGAAGUUCCGCCUCUUCUACUCCCUGCACCAAAUGCCGGAGUGGAAGAACCUGACGGCGCAGUACAAGGCGGUGAUGACGGCAGAUGAUGACCUGGUCAUGUCCACCUGCGAGAUCAACAGGGCGUUCGAGAUCUUUGAGGAGAACAACCUGCUGAUGGGCCAGAUAAGCCUGUGUGAAACGCAAGAGUCCUUUUCCUACUGGCGGCUGAUGUACCAGCAGCCCGACAAGGUGUUGCGCUACGUUUCAUUUGUGGAGAUCAUGGCGCCCAUCUUCACAAUGCGCGAUGGAUUCUAUGACGAAUUCAUCGUGCCCACCCUGUACGAUGCCUACACAGGCUGGGGCCUGGACUUUGUGUGGCCCUUCCUGCUCAAGUACCCCAAGAACCGCAUCGCCGUCAUCGACGAGGUGUGCAUGGUCCACCCCUCCAAGAAGCUCUCCGGCCAGUCCAUCUACUCCUCCGGCGCGCCCUACGAUCAGCGCGUGGAGGAGGCGCGCCGGGAGGCUCAGUUUGGCUACACCCGCGCGGCCGUGCGGCGGCUGGGCUACCCCUUCUAUGCGGUGCAAGAGUUUGGCGCGCUGGAGCGCCAGGCGGGCGGGAAUGCGCUGGACCGGAUGGACCUCUUCAUCCGAGCCAGGCUGGGCCGCUGGUUUCCCCUCCUCCUGGGCGCCCAGACCUUUGCCAUUGCCGUGGGCCUGCUCCUGGUCGCGAUCCGGCUCAUACGGCGCCGCGUGAAGGGAAAGCGGGUAUGA